UAUUUUGUUCUGUAUUUCUGUAUUAAUAUUAUUUUUUUUAUUAUGAUAAUAAUAAUUCUGGAACAAAUGACGUUUCUGUCACAGUUAAAUCAUCCAGUGGCGGUAACAAAAGCCAGACUGUGUGACCCAUUUUGGGCCCUUUUGGGGCUGCCGUUCGAGCCCCUAACCGGCUCUAGGGUAAAAUACGGUAUGCCUCUUGUAUCUGUGUAUCGUGUCUUCCCGCCUCAACCUUUUCGACAUUUCCGUUUGGCUGGAGUGGCUGUUUUUUUACCUCCUGACUAGUAAAUUUCCUUUUUUUUUUUUUUUUUUUUUU